AUGGCGAUGAUGAAACAGAGCUGCGGGCCAGCGGCAACGCUAUCAAAUGUAAAAAUGUCUGGGUCUGGAAAAUUGCAACUUGUAAUGCUAAUUCUGGAUCGUGCCAAAAUCUGUCCUGCAUGAAUGCCAAAAGCUGUCCACUUUUGACCAAGUUGAGAGGAAGUUUCUCAUGCAGAAUAGGCAUGAUAGGGAUCUCACAGAAUCUGUCAUGUUAGGCCCUGCAUUACAGAGAUCAUGGGUCAUGAGAAAUAUGCAUGACAAAUCUUGCAUUCUUCCAGACCCAGACAUUUUUGCACUUGAUAAACGCUGAUGCUGAACGAUGCUCUGAACAAAAUUGUGUACCGGGACGGAAUAUCAAAUGUAAAAAUGUCUGGGUCUGGAAACUUGUGAUGCUGUGUGGCGUAUGGUAUCAUGAGGAGGCGGCAAUUGCUGGCUCAGCAUGACAAGUUUCUGAGCUUCUAGGUGUUGCCUAUUCUGCAUGACAAACUACGUUUCUGCAUGACAGAAAAGUGGGGCUCUUUGGUAAUGUGCAUGACAGAUUUAAGAGUCAUGCCAGACAAGCAUGACAAACCUGGCAAUCUUCCAGACCCAGACAUUUUUACAUUUGAUACGGAAGCAAGGGCUUGAAGCUGGAGAAGGAAAAAGGAUUGGUCCCCAUGGGUGCGGAGUCGCCGUUCGGCAACUUUCCACCAGGGUGAGAUAAUUGAUGAAAAAUACCAUUUCUGACACUUUCAGGCAGCCUCGUUGCUGCGAAAGAGGAAUCUUUAUACAUGCAUCGCUGCAAAAGAAUCUCUGUGAAAAUCCAUGGGAGGACAUCAAGCGAAAAAAAAAUCCAAACAGGUACGGCUCAACGAAGCACAAGGUCAGGGCUGUGGGCGAGAAGGCACAGAAGUUUAUCGCCACUACCGACGGAAACAAGCCGCCGCCGCGUGCAGGCGCGACCGACCGACGCCCGGUUGCCGCGACUGAGUUCCGCCGAUUCUACGACCGAGGUGACUUGCCAAUCCAGAUCUUCCACGGUGCGGCCGGCGGCAAAAUCGCCUGGAAGGUAUACCUUGCGUUUUUUGUUGUAGCUGUUUUUAUUGAUGCAAGCGAUGGGGUGCGGACGUAGAGUAUAGGAUUCCAAUUUUUUUAACCCGAGAUAGAAGCAAGUAGACAUUUCAAGCGUAAACUAUCAGGUCGAAAUCGAGAAAUUGGACUACCACCACUACCUCCCGAUCUUCUUUGACGGCCUCCGUGAGCGGGAAGAUCCCUACCGAUUUCUGGCGGUACAAGGCGUCUACGACAUGCUCGAGAAGGGCGGAUCGAAGAUCCUGCCGGUGGUGCCGCAAUUGAUUAUCCCAAUCAAGACCGCACUAAACACGCGUGUUCCGGAACUCGUGUGCACCACAAUCAAAGUCUUGAUCCAGCUGGUUUUGUCUGCCGACAUGAUUGGAGAGGCGUUAGUGCCGUAAGAUUUUCGCUUGUUUUCGCUUUUUGGCUGCUGUAGUUUAUUCCCCGUGCUGGUUCAUGAAAAAGAAAAAGAAAACUGAGACUAACAUGGUGCCACCGCAGCUGUUUUGAUGCUGACGCCGCGAAUAAGUACGUGAACCGUUCUUCGGCACUUCCGAAAAACAGGUACUACCGUCAGAUUUUGCCGAUCUUCAACAUCUUCAAGAUGUCCACGAAGAACCAGGGGGACCUGAUGGACUACAGCCAGCGCAAGCGGCUCAACCUCGGCGAGCUGGUGAACGAGGCGUUGGAGGUAUUUGAAACCCACGGUGGCGAGGUAUCAAAUGCAAAUAUGUCUGGGUCUGGAAGAAUGCAGGAGUUUGCGAUGCAGAUUUUGCAUGACCCAUGAGGUCUAUGAUGCAUGCCCUUGCAUCAGAGAUUUUGCAACGGUUUUCUGAUGCUUAUACCGCAUGAGAAAUGCCCUCUCCGCGUAGCACAAACUGCGCCUCUUUUGCUGUUAUGCAGCACAGAUUUUAUGUAGAUUCCCAAAGUAGCAUGACAAGUUGCAUUCUUCCAGACCCAGACACUUUUGCAGUUGAUACGAGGACGCUUUUAUCAACAUCAAGUACAUGAUCCCCACCUACGAAUCUUGCGUGUUGUCGUAAGUGUAUUCUGGUGGUUCUUGGCAUUGAAUGAAUAAAGUUUGAAAAGAUAAGUGACUCAGCUAUAAUCGGAUGCAUGUUUGUAGCUAUGCAGCCGGAGUUUACUGAAAUUCUAGUGGCACUCGUACGUACUCCUGUAAAUACGGUUUCACUAUAUGAGAAUCAGACAAGUAGUAUACUAAGAAAGAUGACACCAGAACAGAAAUGACCAACUGUAAAUCUUCUUCACAAGAUGCUUAUCUUGUAACGGACACACUAUGCAAAGUCAGACACUAUGUACCCUUAAGAAUAAUAGUUCGAACGUAUGCAAUGUGAUGGUUCUCUACUAUGCUUGUUUCAAAUAAUCCUAACCUAUGUUUCAAAUAAUCCGAAUCACCAGUUUACUUUUGUAUCAAAAAACUUUACUUGUUCUGUAUCAUGAAAAGUUAGUAUGCGAGCAAAGUAGGAGUCGACGGCAGACGGAUAACAUUUGUGGGGACGGGGGUAGAAAAUUCGAAUGUUGGGCCGACGGCUGCUCUUUCGGAACAGAUAAAGAAUGAUUUCAAUUUACAGUAGCUCUUGAAUCUUG